UUCCACCUUGAGCUGAUUGCGGCAGCGGAGUGAAGUUUUGCUACAGUGGAGGAUACGACAUGACAGUUCAACAGAUUUGAACACGCAAGAAAAUAAUUCCUUCUAACAAGUUUGUACAAGAGCCGACGAGCUGUGGAGGGGAGGGGGAUAAAGCAAAGGACUCCACUGUCAGCUGGCUUCAAAACAGACUGCGUGUGACUGUCUGUAUGUGUGUGUGUAGCGGUGUCUUGACUCUACUGUUGUUGCUCCACCUCCAGCGUAGUGAAUUUAAGGCGCAGUUCAGCUGCUGUGAAGCAGUUUCUCAAGAGGAAGCAGACGUGGGGGGGCUGACUGACUGACUGUAAAGGCUUCUUGUUUUGGAGAGACAAACGGAGAAUCGACGAUGGCAGAGAAUAAUAAUAAGAUGGGUCCAAACCUCCAGGCCGGGGCUGGAUUCCUCGCCAAACGGGUCCAGAAGUCGUUGAAUCGAGCUCAGGAGAAGGUCCUUCAAAAACUGGGCAAAACCAUGGAGACCAAAGACGAACAGUUUGAGCUGUGUUGCCAGAGCCUCAACAAACAACAGAUAGAUGGAAGCCGCUUGUUUAAAGACGUCAAAGCUUACCAUACAGCAGUAAAAGCCGUGCAUGACACGUCCAAACGGCUGUCUCAGACGUUGCGAGACAUCUACGAACCAGACUGGGACGGCGUGGAGGGCCUUGCAGUAAUCACAGAAAGUGAAGACUUGCUUUGGAACGACUUUGAGGAGAAACUAAGUGACCAGAUUGUCCGCACCAUGGAGAACUACACAAGCCAGUUCCCAGAGGUCAAGGAAAGAGUCGCUAAACGUGGUCGGAAACUUGUCGACUACGAUUCAGCACGACACCACCUGGAGGCGCUGCAGAGUGCAAAGAAAAAGGAUGAAGCCAAAAUAGCAAAGGCAGAGGAAGAGUUCAACAAAUCCCAGACCGUCUUUGAAGAAAUGAACAGUGAGCUGAGGGAGGAGCUGCCUGUUCUCUAUCAGAGCCGCAUAGGUUGCUACGUGACGGUGUUCCAAAACAUAUCCAACCUGAGGGAUGUCUUCUAUAAAGAAAUGAGUGUGCUGAACCACGAGCUGUACGACGUGAUGAAGAAACUGGAGACUCAACACUCAGGAAAAGCUUUCAUCAUCAAGGGUCUGAACAGCACGACAACCAAGUCAAAGAAGAGAAAGUCCGUGGUUAUUUCAAACCCCAUCCCUUGCAACACAGCGUUCCCAUCCGACCAUGUCUCCAUCCAUGCCUCCGCUGAAAAUGGAAAAGACGCUGUGCACUCUCCCCCUGCCGAGCGACCUCAGAGCACCUCUGAAGACACCAGCCAAGCGGAGGAGAGCAGCGUCUCGUCCAAAGACGUCCACUCGUCGGACUCUGAUCUCAGCUCCAGCGGUACCAACACGCCCAAGAGGCAGUCGGUGUGCGACAACGAGGGCAGCGACAAGAGCGCAAGCAAUCAGAGCACAAAGGAGGUGGAGGCGGCAGGAGAAGCGGAAGUAGAAGCAGACCUCGCUUCAGACCACUCGGAUGACUCCGGGGUUGGAGUAGCGAAGUCGGAGGCUGUGAGUCAAGAGGUGUGCAGUCCGUCUGAUUCUGCAGACAGCGACGCCCCGCACAGCCCAGAGCAGGAGAGUGUGAACGAUCCGCCGUCAGAAGAAGAGGCCAAGCUAAAACCUGGACCAGUUCCUGCCCCGCGCCGCUCUUUCCGCUCCGCAGAGAGAUGCCCCCGCUCACCUGCUGAGGAGGAGACAGAAGAAGCAUCAGUUAACCAGGAGACGGCCGACUCAGGAGAAGACUGCAGCUCGGACAAUCCACCAGGCUUCAUUUACAAGGGGGUGGCGGUAGAGAGCCAUGAAGCUGACGGCCUGCUCCCGUUUGAACAGGGAGACAUCAUCUUGGUGCUCUCAGAUAACCAACAGCAGGACGGCCUGGUGAAGGGGAUUAAGGAGGAGAACUGGAACCAGCACAGGGAUGUAGAAACUCACUCUGGGAUCUUCUUGGAAAAACUCAUCGAGCGCGUUCAGACGGAGUGAAGCAAUAGUCACUCCUCAGCCUGUAAUACUUUCUCUCCCAUCAGGCUCUCGGUGACUCACGCGCAUUCACACACACACACAUUCACACACUCGCACACAGAGGGAGUGAACCCAUGUGUUUUGGGUGCAGAAGCUGUACAAACAGAUGAUGUGACUGACAAACACGUGGUCACUCACAUGGUAAUGUGAUGCAACAAGUGGAACAAAAGUGACUUUUAGAACAUUAUGUUUGUCUUUUUGGGGAUGGGAAUAAUUGACAGUAUUUUUCUCUUUUUAGAAAUUUUAAAAACUUGCUGUGAAACACUGUGAAAAAAGAAUCUUUUAUACUGAUGCUAUAACCGUGUGUACAUUUUCCUAAUAAAGUUAUACAUAAAAUAAAA